CUGCUUACACGGUUCCAGUUCUUCUUCGAGCGUUGUGCUGCUUUAGGCUACCUCAAGGAGAAGGACCAGCAGCUGCACGAAAAAAGCAACCGCGUACGAGAAUGCGAAGAUCUCAACACUCAACUGGUGGCGAAGCUCGAGGAGGAGGACGAGCAGCUGCACAAGGAAACCAACCGCGUACGGGAAUACAAGGAUGUCAACUCACAACUGAUCCGUAUUGGCCUUUCAUUUUGCAGAGCGCAGCUGCGCGAGGAAACCAACCGCAUACAAGAGUGCGAGGAAAUCAACACUCAACUGGUGGUGAACCUCGAGGAGGAGGACGAGCAGCUGCACGAGGAAAACCAACCGCAUACGGGAAUGCUAGGAUAUCAACAUUCAACUGGUGGCGAACCUGUGGGAGAAGUACCAGCAGCUGCACAAGGAAACCAACCGCAUACGGGAAUGCCAGGAUAUCAACAAUCAACUGGUGGCGAACCUCGAGGAGGAGGACGAGCAGCUGUACGAGGAAAACAACCGCAUUCAAGAGUGCGAGGAAAUAAACACUCGAAUUGUGAGAAGCCCAGAGAGAAGGAUCAGCAGGUGCACGAGAAAACCAACCGUAUACAAGAAUGCGAAGAACUGAACACUCAAUUGGUGGCGGACCUCCAGGAGAACGAUCAGCUUCUGCACGAGAAAACCAAGCGCGUACAAGAAUACGAAGAUCUCCUGGUGGCGAACCUCCAGGAGAAGGACCAGCUUCUGCACGAGACAACCAAGCGUAUACAAGAAUACGAAGAUCUCCUGGCGGCGAACCAUCAAGAGAAGGACGAGCUGCUGCUCGAGAAAACCAAGCGUAUACAAGAAUACGAAGAUCUCCUGGCGGCGAACCAUCAAGAGAAGGACGAGCUGCUGCUCGAGAAAACCAAGCGUAUACAAGAAUACGAAGAUCUCCUGGCGGCGAACACCCAAGAGAAGGACGAGCUGCUGCUCGAGAAAGCCCGUCGAAUAGAAGAAUGCGAAGAUCUCAACACUCAACUGAAACUUAUACUGAGCAACUUCAAGCGUUGCUAG